AUGGUCCUCAUCACUGUUACAAUUGCACUGCACUGGGAUACAAAGAUCGUGGACAAACCAAUCCCUGACCCCUACACCACAAAGGUUCCUCAAGGUACGUUUCUUAUUGACAUCUUGAAGAAAGCUGCAAACGAAGAUGUUGAGGGGCCAUUCAAUAAAUACUCCACCACCUACUAUGGUGGUACAGGGGAUUUUGUCAUCGCCAUGGAUGGGAUUGAACAGGAUCCCGCCAACAAUCUAUACUGGAUGAUAAGAGACAAACAGACUGGAAAUCUCACCCCAACGGGAAUAGACCAAUACCAGCCACAGGACGGGUCAACUACAGUCUUCAGCUAUGAAGAAACAGGCAAGAGUCACCACGAAAGACUUACUCGUGGUUAAGCGUUUGGACGAGGAUGGGGGGUCCUCUGGAUAAAUCAUAACCCAAAGCAGAUAGUGU